AUGCUGCUACUGACGAGAUUUCUGCUGGUGGUCCUAGUCUCUUUUCUCUUGAUGUCCUCGGGUCUGGCAUGCGGACCCGGCAGGGGAUUUGGAAAGAGGCGGCACCCCAAGAAGCUGACCCCCUUAGCCUACAAGCAGUUUAUCCCCAACGUGGCGGAGAAGACCCUAGGGGCUAGUGGAAGAUACGAAGGGAAGAUCUCCAGAAACUCCGAGCGAUUUAAAGAACUCACCCCAAAUUACAAUCCUGACAUUAUAUUUAAGGAUGAAGAGAACACCGGAGCGGACCGGCUGAUGACUCAGAGGUGUAAGGACAAACUGAAUGCCCUGGCUAUCUCGGUCAUGAAUCAGUGGCCUGGGGUGAAACUUCGUGUCACUGAGGGCUGGGAUGAGGAUGGCCACCACUCUGAAGAGUCGCUACACUAUGAGGGCCGUGCAGUGGACAUCACCACCUCAGACCGGGACCGAAGCAAAUAUGGCAUGCUGGCCCGCCUGGCAGUGGAGGCAGGCUUCGACUGGGUCUAUUACGAAUCUAAAGCCCAUAUCCACUGCUCUGUGAAAGCAGAGAACUCAGUGGCCGCCAAGUCGGGCGGCUGCUUCCCGGGCUCGGCCACCGUGCACCUGGAGCAGGGCGGCACGAAACUUGUGAAGGACCUGAGCCCCGGGGAUCGGGUACUGGCGGCCGACGACGAGGGCCGCCUGCUCUACAGCGACUUCUUGGCCUUCUUGGACCGGGAAGACGGCGCCAAAAAGGUGUUCUACGUUAUCGAGACGCGGGAGCCCCGAGAGCGUCUGCUGCUAACCGCCGCCCACCUGCUCUUUGUCGCCCCACACAACGACUCGGGCCCAGAGCCUCUACCUGCCGGAGAGCCGGGGCCGCUGCCGUCUGGGCAGCCGUCAGGCUGGGCCUGGCAGAGGCCGCCGCCGGGGUUCGCGGCCGGACGCCAGUCCCUCUUCGCCAGCCGGAUCCGACCUGGCCAGAGGGUCUACGUGGUGGAAGAGCGGGGCGGGGACCGUAGGCUGCUACCCGCCGCCGUACACAGCGUGUCCCUAAGUGAAGAGGCCACGGGAGUUUACGCGCCGCUCACCGCGCAGGGCACCAUCCUCAUCAACCGCGUGCUGGCCUCUUGCUACGCCGUCAUCGAGGAGCACAGCUGGGCUCAUUGGGCUUUCGCCCCCUUCCGACUGGCCCAUGCCCUGCUGGCCAUGCUCUCCCCGGAAUGCACGGACUGUGGCGGAGGCGGCGGCGGCCCUGGCGGGGGCGGGGGCGGCCACCUCCUCCUCCACGCAGGCUCGCCAGAUGUGCCCGACGCUCCAGAUGCUGGGGCCACGACGGCAGGCAUCCACUGGUACUCGCAGCUGCUCUACCAAAUAGGCACCUGGCUGUUGGACAGUGACGUACUUCACCCCCUGGGGAUGGCAGUCAAGUCCAGCUGA